AUGAAUCUAUUCUGCUUUUCCUUGGAGGGGUCUAUGGAUAGUUUAUAUCAACCAGUUCCAGAGCAGCAGGCUAACCAGGAAAGCAAGUGUGGCCAACUUAGUUCUCCUAUGUCACCUAAUAGAGAAAAUGGACAAAUGCACCAAAAUGUCUUCAUGGUAAGUGGACCUCUGAAUUGGGUAAAUUUCUUCUUUAUAAUGCAUUUAGAGUUACCACUCAAUGCUACAAUAAUAGAGAUGCAGAGUUCUUUGAAGUCUGUAAAACCAAAGUCUGUUUCACAUUUGGAGAAUGAAAAGUCAAAAGACAGAAAGUCAUUCCAGAGAUUUCCAUCUGCAAAUAAAAUAUUUGAUCCAAAUGAAGAUAGUUUCAGUUUGACUGAUAACAUAUAUAGUUUUCAUGAAAAAAAUAUACAAGGAACUUCUUAUCAGGGCAUAAGAUCAGGCAAUGACCCACUGGGAUCAACAGGGACGUUAAAACGGCUGCAGAAAUUGAUGUGGACCAAGAAAGCUAGGAUGCAGAGCCUGGACGAGGUGAAACCAACCUUAAUAAACAACAAUGACAAUGGCAUAUCAGUUCCCUGUAUGAAAUUUACCAAAUUCCAAGAAAUGAAAGCUAAUCAUGUGAGCGCUAGGAAGAAGGAAGAAAUGGAUGCUAGAUUAGAGUUGCCUUCCAUGUACUUGCGAAGAUCCAGAACUUUGAAUGAGUACCACUUUGAAGAUGUAGUAUAUCCUUAUGAAGACAAAGGUCUGAUGUGGAAAAGCUGGAAGCCUUGCCCAGAAAACCCUCCCUGGACAUUUGUGGACUUCCAAAUCAGCAGAGUCGGCCCCUGGAAUGAGUGCUUCUCUUGUAUUCACCACUCACAUCAUCUCAAGUCCUCUCAUACCGAUAUGGAUCUCUUACACUCAUGGCGCAGCAGCAGUUUGGGGAAUUUUGAUCAUUUACGGAAUAAUUCUGUGUCAAAAGCAGAUGAUUCAAUUGAGGUACAUGGAAAGGAACCCAUAAAUGAAAGUGAAGAACAAAAUAAAUCUUCUAAUAAUGGAGGCAGUCUGGGUAAAAAAAUGAGAGCCAUUUCAUGGACAAUGAGGAAGAAAGUGAGUAAGAAGUACAUCAAAGCCCUUUCUGAGGAAAAGGAUGAGGAAAACAGAGAGGAUGCCCUCCCCUAUCGGAACAGUGACCCCCUGAUUGGGACCCAUACUGAGAAGUGCUCCCUCAAAGCCAGUGACUCCAUAGACAGUCUCUACAGUGGACAGAGCUCAUCAAGUGGGAUAACUAGCUGUUCAGAUGGCACAAGUAACCGGAACAGCUUGCGACUGGAUGAUGAUGUUCCUUACUCAGGACCAUUCUGUGGCCGUGCCAGAGUGCACACAGAUUUCACCCCAAGUCCCUAUGACAACGACUCUCUCAAAAUCAAGAAAGGAGAUAUUAUAGAUAUUAUCUGCAAAACACCAAUGGGUAUGUGGACAGGAAUGUUGAACAAUAAGGUGGGAAAUUUCAAAUUUAUCUAUGUGGAUGUCAUCUCAGAAGAGGAGACAGCCCCCAAGAAAAUAAAGACACAUCGAAGAAGUACAAGUGAAGUACCCAAGACUCUGAAGGAGUUUCUAGAGAAGAUCCACCUUCAGGAAUAUACUUCAACACUUUUGCUCAAUGGUUAUGAGACUCUGGAAGAUUUAAAGGAUAUAACAGAGAGUCAUCUCAUUGAAUUAAACAUCGCAAACCCAGAAGACAGGAUGAGACUACUAUCUGCUGCUGAAAAUCUCCUUGAUGAAGAAAUCAUUGAAGGACAAGAAAAUGAAUCUGUGUCUCUAUCCUUAAGCCCCGACAUUUCCUCAAAUAAGUCACAGUUAGAUGACUGCCCAAGAGACUCUGGUUGUUAUAUGUCAUCAGGAAAUUCAGAUAAUGGCAAAGAAGACCUGGAAUCUGAAAGUCUGCCUGACAUGAUGGAGAAGAUUACUCUCACAGAAUCAAGUGACUGAAGAUACUCUCAACUACACAUUGUCUAUAUAUACAUCCCCUUUUAACUCUCCUUGGUCUAUAAGAUCAAAUAGAAGAGAAAUAUUUUGUAAAUACAAACCAAAUUAGAAUAUUUUAAUCUAAAAGAUUGUACAUAUAAGUUCAUACCUAUAAUAUUCACAGUUGUUGUAAGUAAAAUGUGCUAUGUAAUUGAAUAUAUUAGAAAAAGUUACACUUAAGGCUCUGAUAUGUACAGCAUAUGCU